AUGCACUACAUUCCCCCACAAGACGAUGUGGACGAGCGAGAAGAUCAUGGCUCCAAGGGCAGCAAACGAUCGCGAGGCAGCAGGGGAUCUCGAGACAGUAGCAAAAAGAGCAAGAGUCGAUCAGCAGCACUGCCCGUUCCGCCUCCACCACCCCGCAAUAAGAGCACACAGCAAAAGGCGGCCAAAAAGUUACGCAAUUUAAUCACUCGUACAUUUGCGGCACGGCAUCCCAACGAACAGGAUUCACUCUUGACGGAGAUUCAUUGCGAACAACAGUCGCUGCAAGACAGUGUCUUGUCCACACCCAAAUCCAGCACCAUUGGUGGAAUUAACGUCCCCAACAUCGAUACUACUCAGACUGCUAGUGUUGUUAGUCAUGCCGAUGAGAAGUGGGACAAGGUGCGAAACGCCGUCGAUGCGGGUGAAGUGCUAUUGCUGGCUCAAACGCAUGGCAAAACGACAGCACUUGACCACAAUGCCAACAAUUUGCUUCCGCAUUCCUACGAUAAUAACAACACGUGGGAGGAACCAUCACAACGCUUCUACGAUACCAUGACACCCACUGAGAGACAAGAACGACGAGAGCAAGUGCAAAAAGAAAUUCAGGCACAAAUGUCCUUUUCACUGUGGCACUGUGUAUUGGCCAUUGUUCUCUAUGUGGUUAUGAGUGUGGUCUUCUUUUCCUUGAUACUCGAAAAGGAAUGGACCCUCUUGGAAGCUGCCUAUUUUGCCGUCGUCACUUUUACCACCAUUGGAUAUGGAGAUUUUGUCCCGGAUACGCUCCGCGCAAGAAUAUUCACCUGCUUUUGGGCGCUCAGUGGUGUGGCCAGUCUCGGUAUUGCCUUGGGAGUCUUGGGCCAUAAUCUGCUGCUGGGACAGGAAGAAAAGACCAAAACAGCUCGAGUCAAACGGCAAUCCCAAGUCAUGGCGGAAUUCCGGUGGGACCAUGAUGAUGAUGAUGAUGCCAACAACAGUAUAACUUCACCGCAAUCGGCACACACUUUUAGUACGAUCGAAGAAGGAAAACGACGGGAAAUGUUUGAUGACAUUUUGAAUGAUGAUUAUGACGAUGAGAGCGAUCAAGGCGAAUCUUGUUGUUGGCAGCAGUGCACUUCCUGGCUGUGUUCGGCCAGGCUUCUACGCAACAUUGCCUUGUGUGCCUUCUUUUCGGGAAUACUCUAUUGGAUGGCCCUCUACGAAGGUUGGGGGGCCUUUACAGCAAUCUACUACGGCAUCAUCACCGCGAGUACCGUCGGGUACGGAGAUUUUUGUCCGGAGACCGAUGAAGGGCGGAUCUUGGCUCUUAUUUUUAUCCCUGGAGCUGUUGGAAUCAUGGGAUUGCUAUUGGACUUUGUGGCGAAUUCCAUUAUUGAUUGGAAACGGAAGCAAUGUAAGGCUAUUUUGGAAGAGCAACCAUUCACAUUGGAGGACCUGCAAAUUUUGGAUGGAAAUGGUGACGGAGAGGUUCAUCUAGCCGAGUACCUCGAAUUCGUCUUGGUGGCUAUCAAUGCUGUGGACCAGGAAUUGAUGGAAGAAGUAAAGCAGGCGUUCUAUAGAUUGGAUGUCAAAGGAGAUGGUACAAUCAACCGAGGAGAUUUGGCAAUCAUGGCCAAACAACGAUUGCGCGGCAGAAAUCUGCGAGAGAAAAAGCAAAUGGCGGAGUACAAGGCAUCACUGUUGCAAAAGGCACAUCAACCAUCACCCAACGUGAGCCCAGUGACUAGUACCGAGGCAAGCAUCAUGAGACCACUGCCACUGGAACGAAAGACUACAAAGCAGACCAGCAACAAAACGUCGUCGUCAACAAACUCUUCUCCAAUGUCACCUCCAUAUUUUCCCAGUCCCUAUCAAAACAAUCGAGGAGGCUACUGA